AUGUAUAAUAACACGCCAAUAGGCGCUUUCUAUGACGAAAACGACGCCAAUCUUUUUGCUCAGAUAUUAAAAGGAGACUUUGAGUUCGACAGCCCUUAUUGGGACGACAUCUCAGACUCGGCCAAAGACUUUAUUAGACAUUUAAUAUGCGGUAACUAUUGUUGUCUUCUUAAUAAGCGCUCACAAGCAUAUAACGCAACAGCAGUGAUACGGCAGAUGCGAAAGCUAGCGAUGGGUAGUUCUGGAACUUCUUUAGACCAAACCAGUGAUGCAGUGAUUACUGAUUCAUCUGAUACUCAAAGCCAACUGUUCUCGAAAUUAUCACAUUUAGAAACAGAGGACACUGUGGACACUGUUAGCCCUUUGCCAACAGUUAACUCUUCCGACUAA